ACAGUGAAACACGGGGAAGAUAAAAACAGAGCACACGGGCUAGCCUUAGUGUUUGUUUUGUUUUGUUUUCUGAGGACGGGUUUGAGGUGUAGCUAAACAUUUGAGUGUUUGCGGUAAAUAUUUCUUCAGUUCAGCCUCAGAGAGAGUUUAUCAACGAGCAGGUAACUCCUGCUGAAGAAACAUUCACAGCGUUGAAAGAAAUCAACGUUAAUAAGAUCGAGGAAGAGAUGGAGGAUCAGCGCAGACUGAUGGAUUUCAGGCGGACACCCCGGAUGGUCUCGGACGGAAUAGAUCUGUGUAAAAAGGAGGAAGUUCUCAAAGAGCCCAGCAUCCAGGAGGAAAACUCCACUUUAAAUCAAGAGGAACCAGAACCUCUGAAAAUAAAACAUGAACAAAAGGAACCUGAACCUCUGCAGAUUAAAGAGGAGCAAGAGGAACCAGAACAUCAACAGUUCAAAAAGGAAGAGAAGCAACUCUGCAUCAGUCAGGAUGAAGAGCAUCUUGUGCUGAAACAGGAGACUGAUGACAUUUUGGUGAAUCCUCUUAAUGUACAAAGAAUCCACAAUGAAACAGAACCACAGAGGAACCAACUCAUCUCUCAUGACUCUGCUGAGCAUGAGAACCAGAAUCAGAAAGGAAGCAAUUCUGAAGACCCAGGAAAAAAGAGAGAUCAAAAACAGAAACAAAAGGAGAGAUGUCAGAAAACCAAAACUUGCAGUUCAAAACAAAAAACACACAAGAAACCUCACCCAGAACAAAAAUUAUAUUCUUGUAAAAUUUGCGAUAAAACCUUUUCUCUAAAAAAUUCUGUGACUCAACACAUGAAAAUUCACACUGGUGAGAAACCUUUCACAUGUCCAACCUGUGGAAAAAGUUACAGUUACAAGAGUGGUUUACUGUAUCACUUGAGGACUCACACAGGUGAAAAACCGUUCACAUGUUCAAUCUGUGGAAAACAUUACCAUUUAAAGGAGAUUUUGAAGAAUCACAUGAGGAUUCACACGGAUGAGAAGCCUUUUUCAUGUCCGAGUUGUAGAAAAGAAUUCAGUCAAAAAAGCACUUUAACUCGUCACAUGAGGUCUCACACAGGUCUUUUCAUAAAGAGCCUCUGGAGUUUUCAGUCCUGAAUCUGGACUGAUGGUUCUGAGUCCUGAGCCGUCCUUCCGUCAGACUGUCUCUGACGUACCGAACCCGUCCUAGAACCGGUCCGUCCUGAGGUUCUGGAAGAACAACAACAACAAGACAGAAAAAAAAUCACUGGACUUCUCAAAAGUAUAGUUUCUCCAGCAGUUAUGCUUCAAAAUGAUCUGUCUGUCUGUCCGUCACCAAAUGCUCUCUUAUUGGCUAAAGUAGGAAUUUUAUGUUAUUUUUCUAUUUUUGUGUUUGUAAAUUAACUAAGUGAAGAAAAAAUAAAUGUUUCUUGUUUUAUUUUUAUUACUUUAUUGCUGCUUGUUGUAGUUCCUGUUACCAUGGUGAUGGUCGCUUUUAUUUUUAACCUGGCCAAGUUAAAAUUAAAAAAAGUUGACAAAAUCA